ACGAACUUCGGGAACGCAAAAAGCGUUUUCAAGAGAUCUCGAGUUGUCCAAUAUAAGUGACGUCACCGAUUCUGCGGCCUCAGCAACAGCUUCUAAGCAAGAGUGAUGCAACGCGCGACAAGCACUAGGUGAGACGGCUGCUUACACUUCCCUCGCACCACCACCGCCAUAAUGACUUUGUAGCUAUCCUUGACCGGUCAGGUUUAUUGCCAGAUUUACGACGCUGUCCUGCCUGUUUGAGAGGUUGUGCUGCGGCAUGCAUGCAAGAUCUAUCGAUAAGCUUGUUUACUUCGUUACCCGGCCAUCCCGCGACAGCCAGAUCUUUGUGCAACCAUAGUUCGGGACGCCCUGAACAUCUAUUCUUGCUUGAGAACGACGCAUGAAUCUCCCCUUCCACUCUCGGUAUGGUCAUUGCGCGCACUCGGCCGUAGUCAAGUGUGAGAAAAGUCCUUCUACGACCAGCACGCUCUCGAAGCCCGGUGCGACACAAUGACGGAGCUGUUCCCAAAGUUCAAAGUGACGGACCCACACUCUCGCGCUGGGAGUCCACAGCAUAGACGCGACACGUACAAGACGAGUAGCAAUGGAGAAGGCAGCAACGGCAAGCUCGUCGCGCAAGCUCGCAGUCCCACCUCACCCACGACACGUUUGAACGACACAUCGAAUGGCGAUGGUAGUGGGGAAAGACGCUCAUCUGAAGCCGCCAUAGAUCCACUGUCGCAACAAAUACUCAAAAGGACGAACACAGCUCCAGCUGUUCAGAAGCUGCGCGCACAGAAUACGGACCCAUAUGCUGCGCACUCUCAAACGUCGCUCCAUGAGGCGACACCAGACAAGAAGCACAGCGAUGAAGCACCGCGCGACCUGAGCGCAAGCGCAAAAGCGGAUAGGAAGAAGGGCGUUUCAUUCCUUAGUCGCUUCAUCGGCAACAAAAAGAAGAGUAUCCUCGACGGUGCGAGUGACAAUGGCUCUGAGUUUGGUGACUUUCGACCUGAGGGCAUGGACGCUCAGCUCUACGUCGAUAACUUCGGCUUCAGUCCCAAGCACCCACAACCGCCAGCAUACAUCAAGGUCCGCACCAAGUUCAAAAGCAAGAAGGAAUUUGAUCGUGUUUUUCUAGCACAAGAGCUACGAUCAGGCGCCGAUAAGCACAAUGGUCCUGUCGCAGGAUCAAAUCCAGCGCCUCAAUCCGGAUCAGCAGCAACCAAGAACCCUAUAUGGGCCACCGAGUUCAGCAAAGAUGGGAGAUAUCUUGCUGCUGGCGGACAGGACCAAGUAAUUCGCGUCUGGGCGGUCUUGUCGAGUGCAGAAGAGCGCCGCGCGCAUAAGAGAGAGGAGAGCGAUCCUGCAGGCGAGGCAAAGCAUCUCAGUGCUCCGGUAUUCCAGCAGAAACCCUACCGAGAAUACAAUGGCCACUCCGCAACAAUAUUAGAUCUCAGCUGGAGCAAGAACAAUUUCCUGUUGUCUUCUUCCAUGGAUAAGACGGUGCGCCUAUGGCACAUAAUUCGCGAGGAGAACUUGUGUACCUUUAAGCAUUCAGACUUCGUUCCGUCUAUCCAGUUUCAUCCCAUGGACGAUCGAUUUUUCUUGGCUGGCUCCUUGGACUCGAAGCUGCGACUGUGGAGCAUUCCAGACAAAAGCGUUGCGUACACAGCCUCAGUACCUGACAUGAUCACGGCUGUGAGUUUUAGUCCUGAUGGCAAGACUUGCAUUGCAGGAACACUGGGUGGUCUUUGCAAUUUCUAUGACACCGAGGGCCUGAAAUGGCAAGCCCAAUUACAUGUGAAGUCAACGAGAGGGCAGAAUGCAAAAGGCAGCAAAAUCACAGGACUCCAAGCAACAUACUGGCCACCAGGUAGUGACUCCGGCGAGAUCAAGCUCCUGGUCUCGAGUAAUGACUCCCGAUUACGGGUUUACAAUAUGAAGGACAAGAGUCUGGACAUGAAGUUCAAAGGUCACGAAAACAACUGCAGCCAAAUACGUGCAGCGUUUGUCGACGGCUCUGGUCACAUCGUAUGCGGCAGCGAAGACCGAAAGGCUUACAUAUGGUCAACAAGCGACCUAGAAGGGGACAAGAAGAAUCAUAGGCCAGUGGAGAUGUUUGAAGCGCACAACUCCAUCACGACAUGUACGGUGUUUGCUCCGUUGCAGACACGAGUAUUACUCAGCGCCUCCGAAGAUCCGAUAUACGACAUGUGCAACCCACCACCUGUCACUCUGGUAUCGAACACUGAAUCUGUGAAUGGUUCCAGAGCGCCUGCAGAAAUAGGGUCUGCGUUCCCAACACCAACGCCAAACCAGAACUUCUUCCCAAGAGCGAACGAGAGCCCUACAUAUACCGCUCGCUGCGAACAUCGAGGCGGUAACAUCAUCAUCACGACUGAUUACAAAGGGUCAUUGAAAGUCUUCAGGCAAGACUGCGCAUACGAGCAACGCGUGCGGUCAAGAGACACUUGGGAGGCAUCAUCCAAGAUCGGACGCCCGAGCAGUAUCUUAUCGCGGACGAGUCGGUCCCGGAGGGAUUCAGUGUCCACACAACCACCCAACGACCGCAUCAUGACUUGGCGACAGGGUAUCUCACAUGGUAGCUUCGACUCGCUAGGAUCUAUUCGGCGGAAGAGCGGUCGCAGCGUAUCACCUCGCAAAUCUAUGGCGGCACUCAGCCUCAGCUCAUCACGAGCACCCGAAUCACCGGCCCUGAAGCCGACGAAGUCUGAAGAGACCACGGAAUCUGGACCCACAGGUACACCAGAGACUUCGUUAUCAGUAGAGUGCAUAUCCGCGCAAGGCGUACCUUACUCUGAGAUCUCCACGCCUCCCCAGAUAAACGUACCUAAACCCUUCGGACCAUCUGAGAUCUCAGCAGAGCCUCGACCCGAGAAGCGUCCAUCCAUCACAAAUUCAUCCGCUGCGUUCAACGGACAAAACUGGUUCUUCUGGGCAAGCGAGGGAGAUCACACCCAGAGUCAGAGACCAACACUGAAUGCACGCGCAAGUCUGGUCAGCCAGCUUAGUCAAAUUAGUCGUUUGACGAGCGAGAUGAGCGAAGGAAGAAGUGAGAAUGGUGAGGAAGCAGCAGCAAGCGAGCAAAGAAGGUGCAAGCGCUGUGGCGGCGAGGAGUUCGAGGUCGCGAAUAAGGCAGUAGGACAGUUUGGUGGACGCAAUAAAGUGGGCGAGAAGGUCACUUUCUGCAAGAAGUGCAGAGCUGCGGCUGAUUAGGCACCGCUGCCCUGCUACGACAUCCAGGCGGUAUCAUGCUGCAGCGGUACACCUGUUGCAAUGUCUAGUGAAGGUACGUUAAAGAACAGCUAUGUGCAGGAAAUACGCACUCGUAAACCAGUUGAGUCGUCCUUCUCGGCCGAUUGUGCAAGCAGCCUAUGUCCUAUCUGUUUGUCAUCCUUCAAAACGCCAUGGCAAAUCCUUGACCCGAUAUUGCCUCCGCGUCCGCCUCGCUUUACUUCAUCACCCCCUGCCAGAGCACAAUUUUUCAACGGAAGAACCUCUCCUCAUCCUUCUCUUUCACAACCUUCAACGCAUGCUCACUAUACUGCCGCACCGUGUACAUGAGUGCGCCGGCGCUUGAUUCUCCUAUUGAUGCUUGGCGUGCGGAUUCGCAUUGACUCGCUCCGCCUUCUUACAGGCUUCCAGGGCUUUCAACUGCUCCAGGAAGCCUUUUCUGGUGCUAGAGAUUGAGCCGAAGGU